UCGGUUUCCACCAUCUUCAUCCGCGCGCACUCUUCGCGAGUCCUCGUGCUCCUCCUCUUCUACUUCUUUCUCUCUCUAGAUUCACUGAAUCCUGUAUUUCUUUCUCCUAUCACUUUUUCACUUCCCUAAAUUUUGCCCUAGGGUGGAGUCAUAUCUUCCCGAGGCGCCUAGUUUUGGUGGCGGGGAGGCCGCGGGGUGGAUCUGAAACUGGAAGGAGGAAGAAGCAAGAUGAGCGCGGAUCUGGUGGCGGAGAGCACACAUGGGAAUCUGGACGAGCAGAUUGCUCAGCUCAACCAGUGCAAGCCUUUAGCAGAGCCCGAGGUUAGGGCCUUAUGUGAGAAGGCUAAGGAGAUACUGAUGGAGGAGAGUAAUGUUCAGCCAGUGAAAAGCCCCGUGACAAUUUGUGGUGAUAUUCACGGUCAAUUUCAUGAUCUUGCUGAACUAUUCCGCAUUGGAGGGAAGUGUCCAGACACAAAUUAUCUAUUCAUGGGAGAUUAUGUUGAUCGUGGAUACUAUUCGGUGGAGACUGUCACUCUAUUAGUGGCUCUGAAAGUGCGCUAUCCUCAACGUAUCACUAUACUCAGAGGAAAUCAUGAAAGUAGACAGAUCACUCAAGUAUAUGGUUUUUAUGAUGAAUGUUUGCGCAAGUAUGGAAAUGCUAAUGUUUGGAAGACAUUCACCGAUCUGUUUGAUUAUUUUCCCCUGACCGCAUUGGUUGAAUCCGAAAUAUUUUGUCUCCAUGGUGGUUUAUCCCCGUCAGUUGAGACCCUUGACAAUAUAAGAAACUUUGAUCGUGUUCAAGAAGUUCCACAUGAAGGUCCUAUGUGUGAUCUUUUGUGGUCUGAUCCCGAUGAUCGUUGUGGUUGGGGUAUAUCUCCCCGUGGUGCUGGAUACACUUUUGGGCAGGACAUAUCAGAGCAGUUCAACCACAGCAACAGCUUAAAACUAAUUGCCAGAGCUCAUCAACUGGUUAUGGAAGGAUAUAACUGGGCCCAUGAACAAAAGGUUGUCACUAUAUUUAGUGCACCAAAUUAUUGUUAUCGCUGUGGAAAUAUGGCAUCCAUUUUGGAAGUUGAUGAUUGCAGGGAGCAUACAUUUAUCCAGUUUGAGCCAGCUCCAAGGAGAGGAGAACCUGAUGUCACUCGGAGGACCCCCGACUAUUUCUUGUAGCUCUGAUACUUGUAAACACGUCUUCCGGCUAUAUGAUGUGUCAGUUUGGGGUGCUUGCAUGGUUGUUACCUGAGAGAUUUGAGGUUCAAGUAAUUCACCUAUUUGAAGUUGGUGCAAGUGGGAAGAUGCAUGCAAGAUGAGAGGGUCCUAGUCUUGCAAGUUAUAUUCUAACCUUUCUUAGGAUCCAGAGGUGUGGAAGUUGGAAUAGGGGAUGCUUCUGUGUAUCAUGUUCUAUAAUUUUUUUGAUGUGAUGUUCCCCAUUUCUACUCUUAAUUAUCUUUUGUUUUUAUAUUCAUCUUUGAAUCACUGCCAUUUGGAGGAUAGGUGUGUUGUUGGAAUUAUUGCACAAUCUGUCAAUUUAAUCCUUUUCAUUUUGUUGGUUGCAAA